AUGAUUUUUAUUGUGUAUAGUAUAUUGUUUAUUGUUGGAAAUUUUAUUGGUAAUGUUCAAUUAGAAGACGGUAGUUUAUGUGCUGGUAAAAAUGUAACCAGUCAACCUGUUAUUGAUUAUUGUAAUUCUCAAGAUGGUUACCUAAUUUUUCGAUGUUGUCGUUCAAGUGAUAAUGAAUCAUUCAUAGCUGUUGAUUUAAUGGACUCUAAUUUAACUGCAACUCCUGAUUUUGCACACUUUGAAAAUUUUAAUUUAAGCGUUGUUGAUCUUCGUUCAAAUCCUCAACUUGUACCUUCACCAGAUGAUUUUCUCACAUUGAAAUAUCUUGAUUAUCUUAUUUUACCUGAACAAUUUGAUUGUCCAGGUGGACAUGAUGUAUGGGAAGUAAUUGAUAAAACAACUGAUCCAGUAGGAAAUCGUUGUUUACAUCAAAAAGAUUUUUGUUCAAAUUCAACAGAUAUGUGUGAUGAAAACGGUUCAUAUUGUAGUGCAAAUGGACCUCAUCAUUUUUUAUGUUUAUGUAAACAUGGUUAUCAUGGUUAUAAAUGUUUACGAAGUGGAAAAUUUCCGACAGCUGCAUUUUUUGCUUCGACUUUAGUUGCAACUUUUAUUACAAGUGCUAUUCUUUAUUGGACACAAAGAAGACAUGUUAAAUAA